ACGUAACUGAAGCUGAGGUCGACGUCGUGACGCAAUCAGUGAGCGACGAUAACUUGGAUUGUUUCUUCAAAUCGUGGUUAGACGAAACUCGGUUUGUUAUUUCACAGACAAGGAGACCAUGGUGGUGUUACUGUUCCACACAGAGUCUGCCCAUCACUGAGGAACCGUUGGUACCUGCCAUGUCCUAGUCUGCUGCCGUAUUAUUAACCUCUAUGGUGGGAAAGGCUUGAGAACAUCCUUUUCUACUAGCGAAAGUACUUUACAGAAGAAAACCUGGACACAAGAGUCAGGACAAAAACCAAGGAAAGAACAAACGACAGCACCUAAAAUCCAGAGGACAAAGGUGAGGAGAGGACAGGAGUGCUGACGGGGUGUUGGGGAUGGGGUGAAAGAGCCAAAGCAGGACGUCAUGGUUCACAGCGACUCUGCAUCCUCAAUGAAAACAACACCAUCAGCACCACCUCAUUUAACUAGUCCUGCUACUGCACCUCCUCUGCAAGCAGUUCCUCUAGUGCCCCCUCCUGGAGAUACUACAGAUCAGGACCUAACCCAGACCCCGGCCAAAUUCCUCACCACAGACCUUACGUCCAACUCAGACUUGACUCAGCCCUCUACUCCGAACCCUGCUGAUGUUGAGCCACCAGUUGUAACCCUAGCACUUGCUACUAACUCAAGCCAAGCAUCGUCCUGGUCUUCUACGGAAGCACCAACCCCGGCUCAGGGCCCAGUCAAUGGCCGUACAUCAGGCAGGAAGAGGACUCCUAAGGCCUGUGACUGCUGUGGCCCCAACAGUACAGGACACAAUGUCAGAACCUCGGGCCGAGGGAGGGGGAGGGGGAGAGGGAGAGGGAGGGGUGCUGCUAGUGACCUCUUGGAAACCCCAAAAAGGAAAGUGGGUGGCCAGCUGACACAUAUCAAGAGAUUUGAUUUGAACAUGGAGAUGGUAGAGAAAGCAGAGGAUGAAGAUGACGGAUAUGAAAAGGUGCAAAAGACUGUAGUAGUGGCUGAUACUCAGUCACAGGCACCCGUUGCCCUCCCUGUCACGGUCUCCCUGCAGGAUGGACCAAUAAGGAACUAUGCUGCUCCAGAGAAAGGGGAUACACAGAAGAAGGAGGACAUGUUGAUAGAGGGGUCAGGGGUCGCUGCGGACCUACAAGGGAAAGUUGGUAAUAGCAGGGAUGUCGAGAUGAGAUUGUCGGGAAUGGCAGUCAGGGGAGCACCAGUAGUUAGAGGUGUAGGAAGAGGAGGGAGGGGACUGGUAGGCGCUACAUCUGCAUCAAAGAUGGAAGUAGAAGGUGGGAUAAAGAGGGUAGGUUUAGGUGGUGUUGUCAUCGGUACUCAAACGUACGCCCUACCUCGAUUAGUGUUUGUGCAGAGGCUGGGUCCAAACAGAGACGCAGAGAUGGCCCUUGGAGAGCAGCCCAACCCCAGCUCAGUUAAAUCUCCAUUUGGAAAUGGAGACACAGUAAACCUAUCUGACACCGAACCUGAAGAGGAGGCGAAGGAAGAGGACAUGAUCAUAAGUGAAAUGGAAAAUGGACUACUGACUAUCCCUCAGUCAGAUCCUGCUUCAAGGUCCGGAUCUCCCCAUGACCUUGAGAUGCAGGUGGACCAGACUCCUGACAAAACAGACUCAGUGUCUGUGCAAGUAACUCUGUCCAACGGAAACAUCACAACACCAACAAAUGAGGACCACUGCUCCACACUUAUGGAGGGGGAAUCUUCUCACCCAGCGAUGGCUGCUCCCCCAUCCCUGGACCCUAUUACAGUAUCCAACAUGCAGCACUGCUAUGCAUUAAGAGACCACAGGCUAUACUGUCAGCCUGGAACCUGGGAGGAGCAGGAGAUGGAAGAAGCGUCGGGCAAAGGUGGAGGAGAGGUGGAUGGAAACACACCGGAUGAGGAAGAAAGCCUGGAGCAGCUUACUCAUCUGAUCCAUGAGUUUCUGGAGAGCUUCUACAUGAAGUACGGCGGUUUCAUUCCUCUCUGCGAGACUGAUGUCAUGGAAUACCUGAAGAAGAAAGGCAGCUCUGACCUCAGCAGCAGUGGACUGGACAUCAAAAGGGAGGUGACUCGGUAUAGGUCGGGGCUGGCCUCUGCUCCUAUUGCGGGCUUCAUGGUGACGUAUAACAAACACACUCUGAGCCUGGAGGACCUCGGCACGCUGGAGGAGCAGAACUGGCUGAAUGACCAGAUUAUCAACAUGUAUGGAGAACUCAUCAUGGAGGCAACACAACACAAGGUUCAUUUUUUCAACAGCUUUUUCCACAAGCAGCUGGUUGCCAAGGGUUACGAUGGAGUGAAGAGAUGGACUAAAAAAGUUGAUCUGUUCUCCAAGUGGCUGUUGCUGAUUCCCAUCCAUUUAGAAAUCCACUGGUCUCUCGUCACGGUCACCAUGGCAACCAAAACCAUCAGUUACUACGACAGCCAAGGCAUCGUCUUCAGACACACCACAGACAACAUUAUGAAGUACCUUCUGUCUGAAGCCAGAGAGAAGAAACAGACUGCUUUCCAGAAAGGCUGGAAGAUUACCAUCAUCAAGGGCAUUCCUCAGCAGAAAAACGACAGCGACUGCGGAGUUUUUGUCCUCGAGUACUGCCGUUGUCUCUCUGUGAAGCAGCCUCUGCUGUUCAGUCAGGAGGACAUGCCUCGCAUCCGCAAGAGAAUUUACAAGGAACUGUGUGACUGUCGCCUUAACGACUGAAGAGAGGUCGCCCUCACUCACUGACUGCUUGCUGGGUGACAUGAGACGGUCUGUCCAAGUCUGUCAGACAGCCUGUUCCACUGACAGCCUGUUACAUAAGCUAACACAACAUAUUCCAGGGGGCCCGAACUGCCAGUCUGACUGACAGCAGAGUGACCGCCGACUCUGGUGACCGCUGGUGACUUUUAGAGCUCAAUAACAGUCGAAGCAGAUUUUUACUUGCAAACUUGCAAAGAACUACUGACGUGGCCCCCCUACUGACCCACAAAAAAUGCUGGACCGGUACCCAUCAGGUUGCUUUUGCAUUCUACAUUAACCAUCCCCAGUGGAUUUCAACCAAAUGUCUAAACAGCCGCCUUGAAGGACAAAACAGAGCUCUGACUUGGACUGGGGACACAGGUGUUGGAUCAACCUGGACCAAUGGGACGCACCUUCCAUCCCAGAUAGAGUGGCCUUACCUCCUGCAUGGCCAUUUUAACCUGACUGACAUUUUUACCAACUGUUUAUUUUAUGCUGGACUUCACAGCUGUAUCAUGCUUGCGGUCAUGUGCGUGUUUUCUAACAUGUUAAUAAAGCUAGGACGUGGAUUUAGUGGACCAACUGUUCACUUAAAACUUGAAGGUUUGAGUUGGUUAUGUGUCUUGGACUACAGAUAUUUGCACGAUAAGAGGCCUAUUCAUUGAAGAGUCUGCAUUAUCAACUGAAUGUACUGAUCACGUGUUCUUCCUGGCUGCCUCGCAGGGUGGAGUCUGAGCACCGGACAGGCUAAUGGCACAUUUUGGCUGUGGCUUUAAACAGGGAGAUCAUUUUUCAAGUUGGUUUUCAAGUAUCAUGUUUUUGACACCUCACUCCAAAUAAUUUCUUUCUGAAAUUCCAGUUUUUGCACCACAUAAUUUCCUGCUUUUAUUGUUUUGCUGUGGUCACAUCCGUAAAGUAGGUUCUGCACAAGCAUUUUCUAGCCAUUUCAGCUGAAAGCCAUUAUUUGAUGAAAUUUUAUUUGAAUCCAUCAGUUUGAUUUGACAACAGUCUUUCAUGCUGGUGAGUACAUUUCGUGUUAAGCUGCACAGCUAGCUGCUGAUGUGAGGACCACCGUUUUGAUUUCAGCCAGGCAGUUUCUCCAUGUUGACUUUAUAUUGUCGUGGCCUCUUGCUUCACAUGGAUGCAUUGAGACAGGUGCAGGAAGUCAUGGUUACAGAGUGGCCUCUUAAGAGAGAAACAAGUGGACCUCAGCUAUUUUAAUUAUGUUUUCUGUCCAACCUGGAUUUUGUUGUUAUAGUCACUUAUAUGUAUUUACAGAUUGUAUUGUACUUUACUGGUCUACUACUGUACAUGCUUGCUUUGGCUAAAAACACAAUUGUUUCUGAACUGUUUUUAUUGUUGAUAUUAAAAGGCCAAUACUGCUGGGA